CCUGCAAACACGGCAGGACACUAUGGAGGACGACUUACCCCUUGGUUGUUUUAAUGUUCUGAUUUUUAGGAACUGGAAGUCUUUACAUGUCGUUUCCCAAAUAAGAUGGCACUUGCCAACUUCACUUGCCAGCUCCAGAGGCCUGAGUGCCAUGCCAGAGGGGUCCCAUUCUGCUCUCCACCAGGGCCCAAUGGGGGAAGAAUCUCUUCAGUUGUCCUCGCCCCUCUUCACCAGUGAACAUGACCAGGCAAACAUUGACUUGGGCCCAGACUGUUACAGCCAGCUAUGUGUGGAGCCACUGGACGGAGAGGGUGAACGUCCAGUGAGCCUGGUGUCCACCCUGUCCUCUGGCUCAUCCCGCGAUAGUCGCAGCCUUUUUGGAAGCACCAUUGCUCUUCCUUCCUCUACCACCCCGCCUAUACAGUGCGAGGAGGACAUAGACUUGGAGCUGAGCCCAGCUGCAGGUACCGGAGAGCAGGCUGGAGACCAGAGUCCCACCCUCACAAGCUCCAGGGUCCACUGGCAGGAACGGCUGGAGCCCAGGGUGAUCGGCAACCAGUGGAACAACAACAACGCCGCCUCCAACAGAAAGGGAAGUGCUCAAAUACCUCACAUCCCUGCAUUGCCUGUCGUCACAGACACCAUGGCGCCCAACCCGAAGCUGACCUAUGUGGACCGUGUUGUCAUGGAGAUCAUUGAGACAGAGCGCAUGUAUGUCAAGGACCUGCGCAGCAUCGUGGAGGACUAUUUGGCUCACAUCAUCGAUAUGAGCAACCUUCCCAUACGGCCAGAACAAGUGUGUGCCCUGUUUGGAAACAUAGAGGACAUCUAUGAGUUCAACAGUGAACUGUUGCAGUCUUUGGACAUGUGUGAGAACGACCCUGUGGCCAUUGCUAGGUGCUUUGUAGAUAAGAGUGAAUACUUUGAAAUCUACACUCAGUAUUGCACCAAUUAUCCCAACUCAGUGGCAGCCCUGACCGACUGCAUGAGGAGUAAAACUUUAGCCAAGUUCUUCAGGGAUCGACAGGCUGCUCUGAAGCGCUCCCUCCCUUUAGGCUCCUACUUGCUUAAGCCAGUUCAGAGGAUCCUGAAAUAUCACCUGCUGCUGCAGGAAAUCGCAAAGCACUUUGACCCAGACGAGGAGGGCUAUGAGGUGGUUCAAGAAGCCAUAGACACCAUGACAGGAGUGGCCUGGUACAUCAACGAUAUGAAGAGGAAACACGAACAUGCUGUCAGAGUGCAGGAGAUACAGUCUCUUCUGAUCAACUGGAAGGGUCCUGACCUGACCACCUAUGGAGAGCUGGUGCUGGAGGGCACCUUUCAUGUCCUGAGGGCAAAGAACACCCGUACACUCUUCCUCUUCGAAAAGAUGCUCCUCAUUACCAAGAAAAGAGGGGAACACUAUGUCUACAAGAUCCACAUCUUGUGCUCUACCCUAAUGCUACUUGACAGUGCCAAGGAUCCCCUGCUCUUCAGUGUCAUCCAUUUCAAGCAUCCCAAGCAACCCCAUACAGUGCAGGCCAAGUCAGUAGAAGAGAAGCGUCUCUGGGCCCAUCACAUUAAGCGGCUCAUUCUUGAGAACCACAACACCAUCAUCCCCCAGAAGGCAAAAGAAGCCAUCGUGGACAAUUCAAACUAUCCAGGGAAGUACCACUAUAGUCCUGAGAGACUGAAGAAGGAGUCCUGCCAGAUGGACGACUUCCAUCUUGGAGGACGAAAGGGGAGAAGGAGAUCGGAGCCUGCAAAACAAAUCAUAAGGAGCACAAAAGCUGUUUUGAAGCAUGCAGACAGUGAGGGUGCACUGCUGGGGGAUAGGUGCUCCCUUCAGCCAGCCACUAGUGUCAGUACGCUGGCCUCCAGUCUCAGCGAGCCCCAGGCUGAGAGGCCAUGUGUGGACGAUCUAAUUCCCAGAAGGGCCUCUCUGGAGCAGCUAAGUCCUACUGACAGUGACCCGAAACUGGGCCUUUCACCCAGUCAGGGGGGGCUGGAGCUGGACAAGGCAGAGGAGGCAAAGGAGGAGGAGGAGGGGGAGGAGAGUUACAAGGAAGAUAUACUGAUGGGAGACGACCAGGUAGAGGACUUUGCCAGCUCAGUGCUGGCAGCCAUCUCCUGCUGGCACUAUAGAGCCAGGGCUUUGCUUUCUACUCACUUCACAACGGAUGAUCAGAACACAGAUACAGCAGCUGAAGUGAAAACUACACUAAGUGAGGAGGCAGAAACUCACAGGCAAGAGGAAAAAUAUGUGGCUGUGGCUGUGAAAGAAGCUCUCACUACACAGGUCAAUGUGGAGGAGCUGUGCCCUCUAGACUGUGUCUCUCAAGCAAAGAAAAGCGAUCAGCUGGAGUUGCAUUACUCCCAAUGUCCUGAGUCUCCUGUCUUCCCUGCCCAACAAGACGCUGACAUCAUAGAACCUCAGGAUACUUCUAAAGAAACUGGAGAGGAAGAAGAAGCAGGGAGUGAUUCCUCCGGUCUCCAAGUGGAGGAGACGAGUGUAUUGACGAAUGGAGAGAUCUCAGAGGAGGAAGAGGAUGUGUUGGAGCAUAAAAGCAUCCUACCUUCGUCUGUGUUGGACCAGGCCAGUGUGAUCGCCGAGCGCUUCAUCAGCAGCUUGUCCAGACGGAGCAGUCUGGUUUCAGAGGACCUGGGUUCCCUCGCCUGCCCCUCACCUUCAACAGAUAACGACCUUUUCAAAAGCCCCUCGGCCUGCAUGGACUUGGAGAAACAGACACAAAUGUUGGCCAGCUCUACCCCAGAGCCUCAGGAGACCUCAGAGGCCAAUCUGUCAACACCUGCACACGAACCUGCGCUGGACGCUCUCAUCGAAGGAGAACGCAGGUCCACUCUCUCCAAACGAGAUCGCCUCCUCAUCCACAAGAUCAGGAGAUACUACGAGCAUGCUGAGCACCAGGAUGCUAACUUCAGCAUCAAGCGCAGGGAAAGUCUCUCCUAUAUCCCAGCAGGUCUGGUCAGGUACCUGAGCAGACAGCUGAACAGUGUCCCUCAGGAGCAGGCGGCCCCAGUCCACAGGAAAGGCCUCUCUCGGAACCGGCCCACUUCCUGGUCUGUGUUUGACCUUCCUGGAUUAGAAAAGAAUCGAAACACUGAAACUCGUCAGAAGAGUGAACCGCAGAGAGCAAAGGAAGCCAAGACCAGAUCUCAGAGCUUUUCUGAAGCUUUGACCACAGAAGAAGAAUUCAGACCUUCAUCAGACAUGCUCAAGGUUUGGCAAGACAUGCAGAUGGAGGAGGAGAGCCAGGAAGUCCAGCAGAUUGAAGAGGAGGAAGUUGAUGACUCAAGAUUAGAGGCAACGCAGGGCAACGGUUUAAAUGUUAAAACCAGCAAACAGUCACCUCAGAUUUUAGAGGAGUCUGAAAUAAGCACUGCCUCAGAUAGCUCCUCCAUCUCAUCACCCAACACAACCUCUCCAGCAGUAGAAGGCGGAUCUGGAGAGGACCCUGAGCCAAGUAAUGCCACUAUGUCACAAGAGAAGAACCAUGUCAACCAUGACCAGCUACCUAAGCUCAUUAGCUUCCGAACGAGUGUGGACGAGGACCAGAUCCUGCAAGACAUGGGAAAGAUGAAAAAUAAGGUGUUCCAGCUGGCUCGUCAGUACAGCCAGCGCAUCAAAAAUAACAGACCUAUUGUCUGGCAGAGGAACCGAGAAACUGCAAAUCAACAGGGCUCCAAGAACCUGCCUGCUGUCCAUGAGGAGAGGAUGCAGCUGAGGAAAAAGGGUAAACCCAGCGUGAGAUUGCCCUUAAUCGCUUGUGAUGAGAUGGUCAUCCAUGAAGUGCGUUCUCCAAGCCCAGUCCGGACCCCCAGCUCUGGUGCCAGCUCCCAGAGCACAGUCACUUGCCCACAAAGCCCACAGUCAGAGACCUUCUACUGGCCCGACGUGCAGGAGCUGCGCUCCAAAUACAUAGGGCCCUCCCACUUCUCAAAACUAACCCGGAGCUGCACAACCGGGAUGUUAGAGUGCUGUGCGAACAUGUAUAAUGGCUGCUCACACAAGUGCAAUAGCUCCUUAGACCUUCACAAAGCUCUGGCAGACUGUCCUAGGACACAGUCCGCAGUAGAGGACUGGUCCCAGACCCAGCCCCGGUUUCAGCCCCUGCUGUGCAGAUGGAGCUCCUUGGACCACAUGCUCGGGUCUCUUCCCCUCAAUGAAGUACAGAACCUUCAGGAACCUGUGAGGACCUGCUACACAGCGGGCAAACUCCACGAUGGGGACAUCCUCUCCCAGGAUGAUCUAGACUGUGCAGCAAAUUCUGCUGUCGGGAGUUCAGGGAAGACGUCUGAAAGUAAUCUAGUGAAAAGCUUACGGGAGAAGUUCCAGAGCUUAAGCACGAGCUCGUAAAACAUGUGAAUUAUGUUCAUUUCUAUUAUCAGGAACUAUCAUGUGGAAACGUUAUCUGCCAAUUAUCUGAUGCUUCUCAACGUCCCUUUUUCCUCUUUUCUCCUCUAAAAGAAUGCAAAUUAUUGUCUGCACAAUGUUUUUAAUACGGGGGACAUUUGGUGAUUAUUUGUUUUGUUACUACAAGUUUAACAUGAAAGGGAUAUUAUUGGUUAUUGAUUAGGGUAAUGAGGGGAAAGCAUAUUGUCUUUAAAAAGGUGUGUUGCAUUAUUUGUACAUUGGGUAUUUGUCUGCACUGUACAAUACAAAGUUUAUGUAAAAUGUGUAUAUAGUCCCCUGUAUCAAUAGGUCCUACUUUAUUAUUACAUGCAUCUAUUUGGGUCCCACCCACUGUUGAGGUUCUUGCUAUAAUCACUAUAGCACUGCUUUUACCAUGUUAACUGUCAACUGUAUUUCCAGGGAGCAAAAAGGAGCUAAGCAAACCCACACUGAUCUUUUAUCCACAUGAAUACUGCCGUCUCAUUGACGAGGGAGCUCUGCUGUCAGCAGAGUCUCUGACCGAACACCAAAGAGAGUUUCCUUUUAACAUUUGUCGACUUUUAUUGCAUGUGGUCACAGCAGUAACUUGCUUCCACGUUUACUGUAGCUGCUUCUAAAACUGUUUUCACAUAUUGUAUCACAGGAGCUUUAUUUUUCUCAACAUGUUGUUUAUUUUCUUGAAUAUUAUUUAUGAAACUGUACAUUUGGGAGAGAUUUGCCUCAUGUAAAUACUGAACAGUAGCAAUCCUUUUUACUUCUCAGUUCCAGAAAAUAUAUUGUUUCAUACUUGAAGUUUCCCAUAUUUUCAAUAAAAACAGAAAUGGUAAGUGUC